CGUUUCUUUCACGCCACCAGGACUCUCCCAUAUCAAUCCAAUUCUCUGCCCUCGACUCUAUACACCCCAAAAACCUCAAUCCCACCACCUGAAAUCUCAAACUGCACCCUCACCCUCCAAUCCUGCAACCAUGGCCUCCAAAACCCGCCCCGCCAUCCCACCCGUCGUAAUGGACACAAUCACCCAAAACAUCGGCAACACGCCCCUCGUCCGCCUAAACAAAAUCCCCCAAUCCCUCGGCAUUCCCUGCACCGUCUACGCAAAACUCGAAAUGUUCAACGCCGGCGGCAGCGUCAAAGACCGCAUCGCCCUGCGCAUGAUCGAGGAAGCCGAGAAGAGCGGCCGCAUAAAACCGGGCGACACCCUCAUCGAGCCCACCUCGGGAAACACGGGCAUCGGGCUUGCACUGGUAGCGGCCGUCAAGGGGUAUAAGACGAUUAUUACCCUGCCGGAAAAGAUGAGCCCGGAGAAAGUGGCGGUGCUGCGGGCGUUGGGCGCGGAGAUCAUCAGGACGCCGACGCAGGCUGCGUGGGAUAGUCCCGAGAGUCAUAUUGGAGUUGCAAGGCGGUUGGAGAAGGAGAUUCCGAAUGCGCAUAUUUUGGAUCAAUACGCCAACCCUGAUAACCCGCUUGCGCAUGAGUAUGGCACUGCGGAGGAGAUUUGGACGCAGACGGAGGGGAAGAUUACGGUGUUGGUGGCAGGCGCGGGGACAGGCGGGACUAUUACGGGCAUCUCGAAAGGUUUGAGGAAGCAUAACAAGGCUGUUAAGAUUGUUGCGGCGGAUCCGUAUGGCAGUGUGCUGGCGGUGCCUGAAGCGCUGAAUCAGGAGCAUGCGAAUGAGGCAUAUAAGGUUGAGGGCAUUGGGUAUGAUUUCAUUCCAGACGUGCUAGAUCGGGAAGCCGUGGAUGUGUGGUACAAGACGGAUGAUCGGGCGGCGUUUGGAUAUGCGAGGAGGUUGAUUGCUGAAGAGGGUAUUCUGUGCGGAGGGAGCAGUGGGAGUGCAAUGGAUGCUAUGGUGAAGGCUGUAAAAGACCUCAAGUUGGGAGCGGACGACUUCGUGGUGGUAGUGCUGCCAGAUAGCAUACGGAGCUAUCUGAGCAAGUUCGUCGACGAUGACUGGCUCGCUGCAAACGACCUCCUUCCUCCCUCCCUCCCAAUCACUCCAGCAACCCUCUCCCGUCGUGCAUCUACUUCGAAGAAAGAUGACUCUUUCCAGGGCGCAACUAUCGCCUCGCUCCGCCUCAAGCCCGUCACCACCAUCUCCGCCGCCUCUCCGUGUGCCGACGCCAUAGAGACCAUGCGCGAGAAAGGCUUCGAUCAGCUGCCCGUCUCUUCAGCACAUGGCUCCCGUCUCGUCGGCCUCGUCACGCUCGGAAACCUGCUCUCCUACAUCAGCUCUGGCCGCGCGGGUCCUAAUAGCCCGGUGAAGGACGUCAUGUUUGACUUCAGCAAACUGAGUGAGGUUGUCACUGAUGUGCGGGAUUUGCAUCUUAGUGACCACAAGGAGGAGAAAGAUGGGAAGAAACACCGGGAAUUCCUAGAGAUCACGCGAGAUACCCCUCUAAGCGCGCUCAGUCGAUUCUUUGAGUGGAAUUCAGCGGCCGUGGUAACGGAGAAGGGGGAGAGCGGCAUGAAGGCUGUAGCGGUCGUGACGAAGGUGGAUCUGCUGGGAUGGCUGGUUAAGCACCGGAAAGGGGUAGCGUAGGUGAGAGCGUCGGGAGUAUGGAGGUCUUGUCUUAUUCAACAUGACAUGAUAAGGAGUCAUUUCCCCUGACGCACGACCGUGGUGUAGAAUAGGGGUCCGGGAUGCAUUGCAAAAGGCGUUUGGAAGGUGCAUGUGAUAAGCUGGUGUUCUUCGACGACGGGACGAUUAGAUGGGGUAGGAAUGAAACCAUUCUGACAUCGACUGUAUAGCGACUUCGUCUUAUAGUUCUUAUACUUACUUCCAUUGAUUGCGAAUAAAGGUUUGUACUCAGUUUUGCUUUCUCCCAUCUUCAAGGUUGUCAAUGAAUAUGGAACAGUCAUUGACGAUGGAUUUGUCUGCACUCAUUUUCGUCGCAAUAUAUCCUUGAACAGCUUUCAGCGCACCCUUUCAUUUUUUCCUCGAACCCCGUCUCAACCAGCCUUCUCGCGUUCUCCAAAAUUAUACACGUCCAUAAUCACGCCAGCU